CAAAUUAUCUCCAAGCUGCAGGCAGCCUCCCAAAGAGCAUCCAGGGGCCUUAGGGUGGAGAGGGCAGAUGAGAAAGCCUGAGCGGAGGCCCCACACAGCCCCACUCCCGCAGAAGCAUGAGGCUCCUUCUGUUGCACUUCUUGGCUGUGCUGGCUGCCUGCAGCUUCGCAGGGGAGCCAACAGAAGACAUCACCAUUGCCUACAAAGUGCUGGAAGUUUACCCUCAAAGCCGCCGGGUGCUUAUAACCUGCGACAGCCCUGAGGCACCCCGGCCCAUCACUUACUCUCUCAUGGCUAGCAGAGGGGUCCUGGUGGCAAAAAGGGUUGUGCGUGAUGACAAGCCAGCCUCCUUCAACAUCAACGUCACGCUCAAGUCCAGCCCAGACCUGCUCACCUACUCCUGCCGAGCGUCCUCUGAUCUGGGCACCUAUGGGCCCAGCAGCCAGCUGCAGAUGUCCUGGGAGUUGUGGACCAAGCCCGUGUCCCAGCUGCAGGCUGACUUCACCCUGCGUGAUGGGAACUCAGGCCCCACGGCGGAGCUGUCCUGCCUGGCAUCCUCAGGCAGUCCACCCAUCAUCUACCGCUUGGUCGGGAAUGACAGGCGUAUACACGCACAGCAGAGACCCCUCCACGGGAAGCCUGCCAACUUCUCCAUCCCCCUGUCCCAGACGUUUGGCUGGUUCCAUUGCGAAGCUGUAAAUGGUGUCAGUGUUGAGAGCAGCGCCCGCGUGCUGCUGCCCCCAGGGGAGCUGCCCCUGACACCCACCUGCAUUUUGGCCGGCAGCCUGGUCUCCAUUGCCGCCGUUAGUUACGGGAUGCUGAGGUCAACCAGGUAAUAACCACGGGAGCCUGACGAUGGGCGAGAGGCCGACCACCCCCUUCAACAGCCAGGGUCCUAAGUGGGAACAGCAGGUUAGUCUUGUGAGACGGGUUGUCAUCGAGAUACAGCACGGACCCAGCCUGAAGCUGCUUAUUAAAGCCAAAAGCUUACAGUGUCUAGCAUGUUCCUUUCACAUCCCACCCUAACCAGGGCUCUCAGCUGACUUCUGGUGGGGGACUUCCCUAUGGGUCUUAUGAAGCCUCAAGGGACCAGAGUGGGCCAGGGGCUUCUGGCCUGCAUAGCCCCCCACAGCGGUCCCACCAGCCAACCUUUCUGCAAAGGUGAGGCCUCCCAAGUUCCCCUCUCUAAGCCUUCACAUCUCUGACAUGUACAGUGGCCAGGGCCUCUGUGUGGUCUGACUCCAGCUACCACAGAUCUCUGAGCAGAUCUUUGGGUGGUGGUCAGUUCUGUCUCCUUGAACAUCUCAGCUUGGCCCCUGUUGGAGCUCCUGGUUCCUCCUCCCAAGACUAUCCAGAGGUUAGACUCUCGGGAGGGUAUGUCACCUCUCUGAGACUCAUUGUUGUCCUCUAUAAAAUGGGAGUACAGAGGCCUACCUAGCCCCUGCUGACCGUGUGACCAGGGGCCAGCGAGUAACCUCUUGGUGAUUCAAUGCCUUUAGUGGCGUGAAUAAGAAGCUCACUGAUGCUCUUGAAACCGUAAGGUUGGGUGAGUCUGCGUGACCUGGACCGUGGACUCCUUUGUCAUCAGGUUGUGACCGGAAGACAGAGUCCCCAGGCUUGCUUCCCUGUCUACACAAGAAUUCACCACUGCAGUGAAAAAGAACCCGGGGAGAGGGGACAGAAAGGGGAGUGAAUGCAGAUCAGGGUACCAGAAGUAUUGCAGGUACCAAAAGGGGCCCUGAAAUCUAGAGCAUUAUCGUGUAUGUGUAGGGGAUUCCUGCCGUGAGUGGCUGUUGGCGGCUCUUGCUAGAGUAACCCAGUGGGUGUGCUUGCUCGCGGGUGUGCACUGGAGCCCAGCUCUUCCCCACUGAGGGCGGUGUAACUGAAGAGGGGGUCACUGACAAUUUGGUAACAGUAAAUGGUUUCUGUGUGUGGUGGCUCACACCUGUAAUCCCAGAAUUUGGGAGGUAGAAGAAAGAGUUUAAGGCCAAUCUUGGUACAUGAGUCAGAUCUCAAAGAACCAAGCAAUCAAACAAAGAAAUAGAAACAAAAAUUGAGGUGCUCGCUGAGUGUGAUGGUGCACACCUUUGAUUCCAGCACUUGGGAGGCAGCAGCAGCAGGAUUCCUGUGAGUUCGAGACCAGCUUGGUCUACAUAGUGAGUUCCGGGACAGCCCGGCUGCAUAGUAGGACUCUGUCUCAAAAUUAAAACAUCAACAGAAUCUAAAAAGGGGCUUGCAAGAUGGGUAAAGGUGCUUGCUGCCGAGCCUGACAGCCUGAGCUCAAUCCCAGGGACCCACACGGCAGAAGGAGAGUGCUGUCUCCUGCAAGAAUCCCUCUCUGUCACCUGUACAGUGUCAUCUGCCACCCACCCCCACGCCAGGCACAAAACAAUGUAAUGGAAAAAGAUUUAUUUGUUUGUUGUUUGCUUUUCAAGACAGGGUCUCUCUGUGUAACAACAGCUCUGGCUGUCCUGAAACUCGCUUUGUAGACCAGGCUGGCCUCGAACUCACAGAGAUACGCCUGCCUCUGCUGCCUGAGUGUUGGGAUUAUAGGCAUGCCCCACAAUCUGGCUAAAUUUAUUAUUAUUUUUUUAAUCUAGAAAGAAAAGAAAAGGAAGGAAGGAGGUGUGGGAGAGUCCUGCCACCACCGGGAUUCCUUCGGCAAACACUCAGGGUGUGUGUGCAGAUUUUAGGAGUUAGACAGCCAGGAGUGCCCUGUGCUCACUCACCAGCCAAUUGCCACCCUCUGUGUAAGCGUGGGGAGCCCAACUCCUACUGUGCCCAUUCCUGUUUUCUCCCCAAUGCACCCCUUCUGGUGGGCCAGGUUUCUGCCCCAACUUCCCUUACUGUCCAGCCCCUCAUUACAGAGAUGCCAAUGUCCUCAUUACUCCUUAUUACCCACUGAAGUGACCAUGGUAGUGCCAUCUUGGCCUGAUUCUAGUUUGUGUCUGCCUAGUUACUCCUCAGCCCUCUACACCUCUCAACAGCCACGAUUGCCUUGGCAGCCCAUUUGUGUUGCCAACGUAAGCAUACAACCCCUUCACAGAAUAAGCACCUGGUUCCCUGUCUAAAUGCUAUUUUUUGCGGGGAAGAGGAGCUGGGUUCUGUAAACCAAUGAUCUUAUUUAAUUUUUAAAAUUACAUUCCUCUCUCUCUCUCUCUCUCUCUCUCUCUCUCUCUCUCUCUGUUGCACUUGUGUGUUUUGAAACAGGAUCUCAGAUGGUUCAGGCUCGUCUUGAACUCCUUAUCCUCCUCUUCUCUACCUCCUGAGACCAUCUGAACGUUUAUGAGCCUAGGUUCUGGGUUGAUGGGAUUUGGGUGUCUAGAGAGUUUUUCUAGAGUGGACCAGAAGCCAGGUGUAGGUGUAAGGUGGGGACCGGCCGCCCAAGAGUUUCUCUCCCAGGGGUCUCUCUGAACCUUUCUUCUUGAGACCUCCCAGAGGCGAGCUUCUCCUCCCUUCUGCCCCACCCCGGCGCCACCGCA